CAGUUCAAAGAUCCUUCUGGGGCCCCAGAUCCAAGGACCUCCCUACACCUCCCUAUCCACACUCGGCAACACACCUGCAGGCCCCGGAGGCGUGGAGCGUUUGGUCGCUCCAGCAAGAAAGCCUUCACUCCGUGCCCAAACCUUCGUCGUUUGCGCUCCAGGCCCUGGAACCCCACUGGCGGAGGGGAGCGCCCCACCAUGAAAACCACGCAGAAACAGUGGCUAGAAGCCUUAAGCGUCUCCUAUUACGUGUUCACUUUCCUCUUCAUGGGCCUUUUCUUCUCCCUUCUUGUCCUCUUCCUCCUCUUCACUUCAUUCUGGUCCAUCUCUGUUCUCUACUUGGUGUGGCUCUUCCUGGACUGGGACACACCCAACCAAGGUGGGAGGUGCUUUGAGUGCAACAGGAGCUGUACCAUUUGGAAACACUUGAAGGAUUAUUUUCCUAUUAAGCUGGUGAAGACAGCAGAGCUUCCCCCUGACCGGAACUAUGUUGUGGGUUGUCACCCACAUGGGAUCAUGUGCAUGGGAACCUUCUGCAAUUUCUUCACGGAGGCCAACAACUUCUCCAAGCAGUUCCCGGGGAUUCAGACAUCACCCGUAACACUGGCCUUUCUCUUGCACCUCCCAGUCUAUCGUGACUACCUCAUGUACCUUGGACUGUGUUCUGUGAACCGCCGGAGCCUGGACUUUAUUUUGUCCAAGCCCCAGCCCGGGCAGGCGGUAGCCAUCGUAGUUGGGGGUGCCCACGAGUCCCUGUUUGCGAUCCCAGGGAUGCACUGCCUCGUUCUCCGGAACCGCAAAGGCUUCGUGCGCCUGGCACUGAGGCACGGAGCUUCCCUGGUACCUGUGUACUCCUUUGGGGAGAAUGAUAUCUUCAAUUUUAAGGCUUUUCCCACAAACUCCUGGCAGUAUCUGUGCCAGAUCACCAUCAAGAAGAUCAUGAAAUUUUCUCCUUGCAUCUUCUGGGGCCGCGGACUCUUCUCAGCUGACUCCUGGGGUUUACUGCCCUUCGCCAAGCCUAUCACCACUGUGGUGGGCCGCCCCAUCCCUGUGCCACAGCGCCUCAACCCCACUGAGGAGGAAGUUGACCACUAUCACAUGCUCUACAUGGAGGCUCUAGAGCAACUGUUUGAGGAACACAAGGAAAGCUGUGGUGUCCCAGCCUCUACUCACCUCAUCUUUAAAUAGCCCUGGCUUUGCCAUUCCCCCAGCCCUGAGGCCCUGAGGAGGCUGUCAGAGCACCCACUGCCAGGCGUCAGUGCUCCAAUAAAAGCUCCUUCUCUCUCCCCACUA